ACUAUUUCUAACCUCUACAUCUAUUUAAUUCAAGUAUAACCUAAAAGUUAGGUGAACUUCAUCAACAAUGUCUUUAGUCAAUUUAAAACAGAUUUUAACAAAAUGUUCGUUACAACAAACGCAGCGGAGUUUACUUCACACCACAGCUAUUUGCAACAGGGUACAAUCGGGCAGAUACAGAAUUACUGCAAAGAAAGAUUUUCCACUUACAUACGAAAUGGCAAAUCCUCCUCAUCAAAUUGCCCAUAGGAAAUCGUGGAAUUCAUGGAACACAUCUAAUUUGCAAGGAGGUUUAAGAUCAUCUGAGACAGCCGUCGAAGAUAUGUUCAUUAGGAAGUUUAUGUUGGGCACAUGGCAUGGAUUGUUCGUAUCUGAAAUUAUUGUUAAGAGGCAACACAACAUGAUCAGAGUUGCUGGUAUCAUCAGACAAUCCAUCAGUCCAAGGAAGGUGUAUUUCUUAAUUGGAUACUCUGAAGAGUUACUUAGUUAUUGGUUGCAAUGUCCAACUAAAAUUGAAUUACAAACUGUGGCUGAUAGGAAAGAUGUUAUUUUCAAAUAUAUUUAA